AGAAACUCCUGUCUAACAGAUAUGAUUGGAACCAUUUAAGGGUUGUAGCGUUAAUACCUGCACAUAAUUCAGAAGAAUGACAGAAGAAAACCAUGAUCUACUGUAUCAAAUGCCCUGAGUCCAAGAGCACGAGGACAGCAGAAUUGCCAGCAUCAACAAUUAAAAGCAGGUCAUUAGAGACAGAAGGGUUGUUUCUGUGCUAUGUUUUUAAACCAGACUGGAACUUCUCAGAGAUGCCGGUAAAUCCAAGUAGGACUUUAAGUUGGGUAUAAACUACCUUCUCUAAAACCUUUGACAGAAAAGGUGCUUAGUAAUGGGCCUGAACUGAGAAAGAACAGAGGCACCCAAGUUGCCCUUUUUGAUGAGGGGCUGUAUGACAGCAUGUUUGAAAGCAGCUGGGACACAGCCAGACAUCAGGGAUAAAUUAAUUAGCUCCUCAAUACAUGACCCAAGAAUAUUAAAAACCUCCUUGAGGAGACGUGGUGGAAUACUGACUAGUGAGUAAGAAGAAGGCCGUAUAUGCUGAACUAUAUCAGUUAAAAAGGGUCAAGCAGGAGAAACAACAGGAUCUGGAACAGUUUUAGAGGGAAAAUACCUGAUAACAGAAAUUGUUUCUUUAAAAAAUGGGAUACAUCUUUCACAAAGUGCAGAUAAGGGCACAAUACAAAUAGCACUACAUAGAUUUAAAAGUUAAGAGUACUGAAAAGAAAAUGAGAUUUGAUUUAAAAAAGGGUUCUUGCAGCCAAACAGCUCUCUGAUACUCCAGUAGUCUGCUUUUUAAAGUAUCUAAUGAAACUUGAUGAAAGAUGACCCUUCUUCCUCUUUCUACAACCAGGAGGACACGAGGCCCGAUUUUCGGCUAAGCAGGGAGUCCUUGGCAGUGUUGCUAAAUCUCCUGGACCAGGAUCGGCGCCAUGGUUGGGGUGCCACAAUUGAGAUCCUGGUAUUCACAUUCUGGUUGGCAAGUGGAGCAUCCUACAGGCUGGUAUCAAGAGUGUUUGGGAUGCCUCGUUCCACUGUCCACACCAUUGUCCACCGUGUCACUGAAGAAGUGGUGGCCAUUCGCCACCAGGUCAUCCACCUCCCAAAGACACCAGAGGACCUGGAGGCAGUGUCCCGUGGGUUUGCAGGGCUGGCACGUCACAGAGCCUUCCUGAAAGCGGUGGGUGCAAUCGACGGCUGCCACAUCCGCAUCAAGUGUCCAAGCGGCCUUGAUGGUCAGUGCUACAGAAACAGGAAACUGUUUCCUUCUAUCAUCCUGCAGGCAGUCUGUGACCAUCAGGGCUGCUUCAUCGACACCUACGUGGGCUGGCCUGGUUCGGUGCACGAUGCCAGGGUGCUCCGCCACAGCCCACUGUACAGACAGUCGGUCUACCCUCCUCCAGGACAUUUCAUCCUCGCAGAUGGGGGGUACCCAUGCCUCCAACGUCCACUCCCCCUCAUCACACCCUACAAGAGGCCAGUCCGAGGUGUAGGAGCCCAGCGCUUCAACAGCCACCAUUCCAGGGCACGCUCCAUCAUAGAGCGUGCGUUAGGAAUGAUGAAAACGAGGUUCAGGGCCAUCUUCCUGCAAGCGCUGGAGGUGCACCACACCUUUGUACCCCACGUUGUGACAGCCUGUGCCGUCCUCCACAACAUCUGCCUCAGCGCCGGUGACAUCGUGGCCCCAGUGGAUGAGCCUGAGGACGAUGGUGCAGAGGAUGGGGAGGGGGAGGCUGGGUUGGAGGCAGUCAGUGGUGCUCUUUGGCGGGACCAACUGUCAUCUGAGGUGUCAGCCCUGGAGGAGGUACCACCAGACCACGACUACUGUUAACAGUGAUGCUGCAGCCGUCGAUAGAGCCAGCCCUGCAAACCUGUGGAUGGACGUUGCAGUGGACACUGGGAGGACGCAUCCCUAAGCCCCCUUUGCAGACCACCCUGUGUGAUCCUCCACUCGCUGACUAGACGAGACAGACCACAGGUCACGGUUGCAGCACCCCCUUCCAUGUCAGUUCUGUCUUCAGCAGAUCCAGCAACACUGCCAGGGACUUCCUGGCAUGUAUUGGGGUUGUGAAUGUAAUGGUCCGGGAACAGGUCACUCAGUUUAAUCUUGUGUGAACACAUGUACAUAGCUGCAAAGUUUGUAGUCUUCAAAUGCUGCUUAUGCAUUGCACAUUUGUUUGUUUUUUUUGUUGUUGUUCCUGAUUUGUACUCUGUGAAUGUCCAUUACUUAUUAUGACUUGGCAUCAUGUACCUGUUGCACAAUAACUGUUGAUAAAAUGGA